UGUGGCCUUUUUCUUUUGACAGGAUCAUCUACCUUCAAAAAGUCACUCACCCCUGAGAUGCCAGGUGGUUCUGGGCAGCCAGGCUCACAGACCAUAAAGAAAGGGCACAGAGGAGUGGACUCCACGGGCGAGACGACCUAUAAAAAGACGACCUCCUCUGCCUUGAAAGGUGCCAUCCAGCUGGGCAUCACGCACACGGUCGGAAGCUUGAGCACCAAGCCUGAAAGAGAUGUUCUCAUGCAGGAUUUCUACGUAGUAGAAAGCAUUUUCUUCCCCAGUGAAGGCAGCAACUUGACCCCUGCUCAUCACUACAACGAUUUCCGCUUCAAAACCUACGCCCCCGUGGCCUUCCGCUAUUUCCGGGAGCUCUUUGGGAUCCGACCAGAUGACUACCUGUACUCGCUCUGCAAUGAGCCCCUCAUUGAGCUCUCCAACUCGGGGGCCAGUGGUUCCCUCUUCUACGUGUCUGGGGACGACGAGUUCAUCAUCAAAACGGUUCAGCACAAGGAGGCCGAGUUCCUACAGAAGCUGCUGCCUGGCUACUACAUGAACCUGAACCAGAACCCCAGGACGCUGCUGCCAAAGUUUUACGGCCUGUACUGUGUCCAGGCCGGGGGCAAGAACAUCAGGAUUGUGGUGAUGAACAACCUGCUGCCACGUUCUGUCAAGAUGCACCUGAAGUACGACCUGAAAGGCUCCACCUACAAGCGCCGGGCGUCCCAGAAGGAGAGGGAGAAGGUCUUUCCCACCUACAAGGACUUGGAUUUUAUGCAGGAUGUCCCUGACGGCCUUUUCCUGGACUCAGACAUGUAUAAUGCCCUGUGCAAAACGUUGCAGAGAGACUGUUUGGUCCUGCAGAGCUUUAAAAUCAUGGAUUACAGUUUGCUGGUUGCCAUCCACAACAUGGACCUGGCGCAGAGGGAGCAGGUGGUGGCCGACGGGACCUCCCAGGCCGACACGCGGCGCCCGGCAGCCCAGAAGGCCCUUUAUUCCACAGCCAUGGAAUCCAUCCAGGGGGAGGCCCGGAGAGGGGGCACCAUCGAAACUGAUGACCAGAUGGGGGGCAUCCCAGCCCGCAACGCCAGAGGGGAGCGGCUGCUGCUCUACGUCGGCAUCAUCGACGUGUUGCAGUCCUACAGGUUUGUCAAGAAGCUGGAGCACUCUUGGAAGGCCCUGGUACAUGAUGGGGACACUGUCUCUGUGCACAGACCCAGCUUCUACGCCGAGAGGUUCCAGCGGUUCAUGUGCAACACAGUGUUCAAGAAGAUACCACUCAAGCCAUCCCCUUCCAAGAAGAGCCGCUCGGGCACCGCGGUUCCGCGGCGGAGCUGCCAGGGGGGAGUCCCUGCCCAGCCCCCCCUGGGCUGUGAGACCCGGGCACAAGUGACAGCAGAGGUGGACGUGGAGCAAGGUUCCCACCUUGGUCGCCCAGAUCUCCUGCCCCGGAUGCUGCCGGUGGACGAAGCCAACAGCGACUCCAUCGCCACCACCCUCUCCACCUCCUCCCUGGGCAGUGGUGGCCUCAACUCCCCUGCAAACAGGUCAGUGGGCGUCCAAGUGCACAAAGCUGAGACCUCAGCCAAGGACUUGCCUAGAGCAGCAGCUGGCAUCNGUUUCCCCAGCGGCUCCCCAGGUCCCUCCCUUCCCGAGCACCCUGCCCAGCUGAGGGAGCAGCUUGAGGACCUGCAGGAGACAGAGAUAAGCUUUGGACUGAGGCAGCGCGGCGGAGCCUGGGACACCUGGAAGUCUCACAGCAGAGCCCACCCGUGGCUGGUCCUUCCUGUGGAGCCUGGUGGGAGCCAGGCCGGCUGGGAGGAGGAGGAGGAGGAGGAGGAGCUGCUCCACGCGGUCUGA